UCCUGUAAAGUUGCCUUCAUAAUACGUUUUUUUUAACAAAGUUUUGCAGACGUUUAUAUAUCAAUUGGUUAUAUAUUAAAAAUGGCAAAGUUUUUGAAAUUGGUAACCUCUCCUAAUUUUAAUGAGGAAUUGAUAUUAGGUGCCUUCAGACAAUAUUAUGAGGAUCCAGUAGCUGUGCAUUUGGUCAAAAAAGAUAAUAAAGAAGCCCUAUACCUAAUAGAAUUUCAAAAUCAAAGAGAGGCUCAGCGAGUACUAAAUAAACUUAAUAGACGUGUUAUAAGAGGUGUACUUCCUGCGCAUUAUUUUACGUUUCUGAAAAUGGAAGUGGAAGACACACAACCACCGGUUAAUGGGACUAAUGUUUUGCAACAGCCCAAAUUCAAGAGUAUCGGUUUAUUUGAAGAGGAAUGUUUUGAAAUAUAUGCAAGAUUUUCUCAUUCAAUUACACAACCAGAAUUGCAUUCAGUUUUCGCUAAAAAAUUUAAUAGCAUUAAGUCUGUUCGAAUUGUUAUAGAUCGGUGUGGAGUAAGCAAAGGCUACGGAUUUAUAACUUUCAGUUCCAAAGUGGAAUAUCAGGCAGCACUAAAUAUAACAGAUGGAGAAAUGCAAAUACGUAAUGCUCCCAUAUGCAUACGUAAUGCUUUCCCUAAAAGCGGCAAACCUUAUAAAAACAGGACCAUCAAAACAAAUGUCAGAAAAUUGAGUCCAAAAAGAACAGAUAAAAAAAGAAGCACUAACGUGGUGAAUGAUAAGUCAGACAGAGAUAAAAAUUUAGAAAACUAUCUAGGAUAUGGGUCCGCUAAAGAUAAGGGUUGUCAAUCGAAGAAGAAAAGUUACAAAAUUAUGAGAGAAGGUUUCAGAAAGGAAAUUAAGAUUUGGUAUGAACAACCCACCACACAAGUGAAAAAAUCUGCUUCUAUCAAAACGUUCAUUGACGAUUGCUUUGAGAAUUCUGAAAAUAAUGAUCAGCUUAAACAAACUACAGAUCCUCUGAAAGUGAAAAAAGGAGGAUUAAGCGAUAAAAAGUUGGAGACAGAUUUUGGUGAAGCAGGUAAGGGAAGCGAAAUGUGUAACAACUUUGAAACCUGUAUUAACACCAAGAGUACUCAAACUGUGAAAUUCGGUGACAUUGAUCGCUUAUACAGAGAUAAUCCUUUGGAUGAUGAGUCCAAUAAAUUGUCGUUUUGUCAUCUUUGUUCAGAUAUGCUAUCUUUGAAUAGAGAUGUAACAUCAAAAAAGUCGUUGAUGGAAAUAUCUCCAGAUAAUAAGAUGGUACUAUAUAAAACUGUGAAUGAUGCACAAACUGGAUUUAUUGAGCGCAUUCAACAUUACAGUGGCGAUAGGACUGAAGAGAAGCUAACUUUAACUGAUGUUUCAAAUCAGAAUGAAUUUGAGCCAAAAAGUAAUGUAAUGAACGAUAAUAUUUUCGAUUCAAACACUUUGGAUUUAGUUAGCAAUGGACGUAAAGUUGAAUUAGACGGAGAAAUCGGGAUUGAUCAUUUAUUAUUCAUUUACUUAAUAGAUAUGGCUUUGCUAUUGUUACUUUUAAUUGCAUCAGCGUUGUCUACAAUUUGUUAAU